UCAUUGUCGGUUCUUUAAACUAGACGGAAGCAUUAUGGGAGAAGUACCAAAAAUUACAGAUUUAAACAAAGUGAUCGAGCCCCAUUUACCUGAGGGUUCAAAACUCGUAUCAUAUGAAAGUAGUUAUUUAACCAAGCCGGGAGAACACUAUGGCAGCCUGAUGUUGGCCAUUAAGGCCCAAAUUAAAAAAUCAGAUAAUACAACGGAGGAGCUUCCAAUUAUAGCCAAAUUACCACCGCUUACCAAUGAUCUCUAUUGGCAGAUAUUCCAGCCAGAACGUACUUGUGUCACGGAGAAUUCCGUGUACAAGUACUUAAGUGCAGAAUUGGACAAACUACAAUUGGAGGCAGGUCUUCUUCCCACCGAGCUAUUCGAUGGCCUACCCCGUUACUACGGUUCCCGAAUUUCUCUGCAAGAAGACGCCAAAAAAGUUGAUCGCGAUGCUGUGCUAUUGGCUGAAAAUCUAACAGUUCGCGGCUAUAGACCAGGCAAUCGUCAUAAACCGUACGAUCUAGCUCACACGGUUCUAAUCCUUAAUUAUCUGGCCCAAUAUCAUGCCUUGCCCAUUGCCCUGCGUCUGAAGAAGCCUCAAAUAUAUGACCAACUUGUCCGGCCCUAUUUUAGGAAGUUUGAUAUGAACAGUAAUAUCCCUGAAGCGCAAAACCACAUUAUGAAUGAAGAAACCUUGGCGGAUAUUAAAGCAGUGAGCGAUGAUAAUGAGAGUGAUGUCAAGCGUGUUGAGGAAUUACUAAAAAUCUAUGCAGAAUUCCAAGCGGGCGAAGAUGUGGAAGAUGGCCCAUUUAAUACACUGGUUCAUGGAGAUCUAUGGAUUAAUAACUUAAUGAUCAAAUACAAUGAUGAAGGAAUACCCUCAAAAUUGAAAUUCGUCGAUUUUCAAAUAUGUCAAUAUGAAUCCUUGAUACACGACAUAAUAUUUUUACUAUUCUCGAGUGUGGAGAAUGAGGUAUUGGAGGCAAACUACUACAAUUUUUUGAAAAUCUACUACAAAGCGUUCAUAAAGUGUUUGAACAGUGUCGAAGUGGACACGAGCAACUAUUCGUUUGAUGCAUUUCAAGCAGAAGUCCAAAAGAAGGCUCAUAUUCAAGUGCCACAUGCCGUGUUCAUGAUGAAAGUGGUUAUGGCUGAUAGUAGCACAAUACCCGAUGAUUACAAGGAUGUCGAUAUGAGCGUUCUUUCUAAAAAUAGAGGAUCAAAGACAAUUAUAAAAAAAUUGGCUGAAAUUCUACGUCUGGCAAAGAAGUUUAACAUUUUUGAAUAGCUUAAAUUUGCAAAAGACUUCUGAUUGGCUGACCAGACAAGAUUAUCUGUAAGCUAAUGCCAAGGGGAAGAAAAGAGUCCUGUCGUACAUUCCAUAGACUAAGAACUUAGUUACUAUUUUGAACUACUUAGUAUUAACUCAAUGGGUUAAACUCAUUUGUAAAGUUAGUUCAAAAAGUUCCCUUAGAAAUUCUAAAGUAUAUUCUUACCAACAGUUGGACUAAUAAAAACGUUUUAUAUUUUUAACA